AAGAGAUCGCUGGUUGGGAUUCUCACAUUGCGCAUUGUUGCGCACGCGCACUCCAAUUCGGCCUGCUCCAACGUAUCCGAAGGUGCCAAUCGAGUCGCGCUAUUGUUAAUCAGCAGUGGUGGGUCACGACAGUUAGGUAUUGGGUGAGGAGCUUAGGAUCGGGUGAUUGGAAAGUUGCUGCUAGCGAUCGGCGAGGAGACGCACGCACGCACGCACGCACGCACGCAGUCGGAGCCGGGGUUUUUGUCACCUCGUUCGGUUGCAAAGAGAUUGCAAACGCGUCAUACGCAGUCGUCGUCGUCGUCGUCGCAACGGUAAGAAAUCAUCGGCGUCGAAGAUGUUUCACGUGCGUAGUCUCGCGCGGUCGUCGAUCGCCCUGAAGCAGGCACCGAGCAACGACGUGAUGCAGAACGUGAUGACGCGCGUCGCCGUGCCGGCCACCGUGCAAACGACGUCGACGACGUUGCUUAACCAACGUCGCGGCUACGCCGAUCACCAAAUCCCGGAUCGUCUGAAAGAUGUGGCCGACGCGCCCACUCCAAAGUUCUUCGACAUGGUGGAAUACUUCUUUCAUCGCGCCUGCCAGAUCGUCGAGGACAAGCUGGUUGAUGACAUCGGCAAGCGGUCACGCGUGUCGAUCGAAGAUCGCAAGAAAAAGGUUAAGGGUAUUCUGAUGCUGAUGGAGCCGUGCGACCACAUCCUCGAGACCACGUUUCCGCUCAGGCGCGACUCCGGCGAUUACGAGAUGAUCACCGGUUAUCGCGCCCAACACUCGACUCAUCGAACACCUUGCAAAGGAGGUAUCCGUUUUUCAAUGGACGUCUCGCGGGAUGAAGUUAAAGCGUUGUCGGCUUUAAUGACGUUCAAAUGUGCGUGCGUCGACGUGCCUUUCGGCGGUGCCAAGGCAGGAAUUAAAAUCAAUCCUAAAAAUUAUUCGGAACACGAAUUGGAAAAGAUCACCAGAAGAUUCACGUUGGAAUUGGCAAAGAAGGGAUUUAUCGGACCCGGCGUUGAUGUUCCUGCUCCGGAUAUGGGUACUGGCGAGCGCGAAAUGUCGUGGAUAGCCGAUACUUACGCGAAGACUAUCGGUCACCUCGAUAUCAAUGCUCAUGCAUGCGUCACCGGCAAACCUAUCAAUCAAGGUGGUAUUCACGGACGUAUUUCCGCAACAGGUCGGGGAGUAUUCCACGGAUUGGAAAACUUCAUCAACGAGGCUAAUUACAUGAGCAUGAUCGGUACCACGCCUGGUUGGGGAGGCAAAACGUUUAUCCUUCAAGGUUUCGGUAAUGUAGGUUUGCACUCGAUGCGCUACUUGCAUCGGGCAGGUGCAGCUUGCAUCGGUGUGAUUGAACACGACGGCUCCAUCGUAAAUCCGGAAGGCAUCGAUCCUAAGGAAUUGGAGGAGUAUCGCAUAGAAAACGGUACCAUCGUCGGUUUCCCCGGGGCCAAGCCGUAUCAAGGAGAGAACCUCAUGUAUGAGCCGUGCGACAUAUUUAUACCCGCUGCCGUGGAAAAAGUCAUUAACAAAGAGAAUGCCGGACGUAUUCAGGCGAAAAUUAUUGCAGAAGCCGCUAACGGACCGACCACUCCAGCCGCGGAUAAAAUUCUAAUCGAGAGAAAUAUCCUCGUGAUCCCGGAUCUGUACAUUAACGCCGGUGGUGUCACAGUCUCAUUUUUCGAAUGGUUGAAAAAUCUGAAUCACGUGUCGUACGGCCGUUUGACUUUCAAAUACGAAAGAGAAUCCAAUUAUCAUCUCUUAGAAUCGGUGCAGGAGUCGUUAGAACGUAGGUUCGGUCGUGUCGGCGGUCGUAUUCCCGUCACGCCGUCCGAAGCUUUCCAAAAACGUAUAUCCGGUGCUUCCGAAAAAGAUAUCGUUCACUCCGGUCUGGAUUACACCAUGGAGAGAUCCGCCAGGGCCAUUAUGAAGACUGCCAUGAAGUUCAAUCUUGGACUCGACCUCAGAACGGCCGCGUACGCUAACUCAAUCGAAAAGAUAUUCACCACUUACUCAGAGGCUGGCCUCGCUUUUUAAGAUAUCUUAGUCGGAUAAACAGUCGGCGAAUCUUUGUAAUAAUGUUAAAGUUUUUGCAAUAUGACCGCGAGAAGAGCGACUCGGUGUAUCAUCCAUCUUUCAAGCGACGACGGCUGACAGUUUAUAUUUACGAAAUAAUAAAGUAAGUAAGUAAGUACCGAGACUCGCGAUAGAUGUAUCAUUGUUCGUCACGUUUUUGCAAAAAGCCAUAAGACAUUUGCCUAGCUACAUAUACACUCACAUACACACACGUAUAUGUAAAAAUAUAGAUCAUGUCGCGAAUCAAGCUGAUGAAUCCAAGUCGGGUAAAACUACUCUGAUGAAAUAGCGUCCAAGGAGUGAAUCGAAAUAUAUAUUUCAGCCUUUUCUCUACGAAAAAAAAAAAAAAAAAAAAAUAGAUUG